AUGGGGAGGCCUGAAGAAGAGGCGAUUAAGGAAACUAGUAAAGACAAAAAGAAAAGGGCACAGUUCUCUACGUGGAAAGGCUUCCUCACGCCGCGCUCCUUCAAAGUGUGGUCUCGGACCAGCACCCUCGGCAUCACCUGGGAGCUCGUUAGAAACGCGGGUUCAGACCUACUUCCGCGGGGUGGGGGGAGGACCCGCGGCCCCAGUCCUCGGAAGGCCCCUCGCCGGCGGGAGCCGAAUCUCGGGCGGGCCCCGCGGAGCAGUCAGCACACACAGCGGUGCUGGGGCGGCUGCGGGCGCCGGGCUGGAGCUGGUUACCUGUCAGGCACACUCGACAAGCCCACGCCCUCGGCCCAGGAUGUCCAGGUAACCGAGGUGACCGGCCAGCCGGAGUCCCAGCGCCACCUGGCGGUCAAAUAUAGGACCUGCCCUUUCUCGGCUAAGGGAGUACCCGCUGCCUGCUGUUCGAGAGUGAAGGGACACGGGUCCCUGGGGCCGCUCUCUCCCUCAACACCCGCCGGGGCAGUCAGACCCCAAGCAGCCCCCGCCACCUGCCUGGGAACCACCGUUCCCAGACGACGCAGCUGCAGAACCCAGAGCUCCCACGUUUUCCCUCCGCGUUCAAACUCUGCGCCUCUCUCGCUCCAAGAAACAUCGGUCUCGCGAGAUCUCUCGGAAACUUACAAAACCGGAAGCUGUGUGUGGAUCUCUUCCUUUUUGUGGCCAUCGCUGGAUCGCUAG